GAAGACUGAGGAGUGAAGAGUGAAUGCCGGUUUGCAAGGAGAGAACUAAAUAGCGUUGAAUGUGACGCCUGUAGCCGGAUUUUGUUUCGAUUUCUAUCAGAUCGUGCAGCUUUUUUAAAAUCAUGGCUGCAGAAAUGCAGAUUACCACCAUCCUCAACAAAGUCAUGAAAAUUGACGCCGUUGAGGAAGCUUUCGCUCUGUAUAUUGUUCACAAUAAUGAAGCGAAAAGGACAAAAUUCGUCACAAUUUUAGACGAACUGAAAGCUGUUUUCUCGAAUCUCUCUCCUGAACAUCAGGAAGCAGGUGUCAAGCACUUCCUUCUUUUGACUUCUGAAACCACAAACCUAAGCCGGCUUCAAUUUUUGCUCAGCCUCUUGGAGCAACUUGUCGCGGAUGGGACCUUAAAGGCCAGACUUGUGUGCGAGGCUGUAAUGAACUGUGAAAAGCUGCAGUAUCACCGCCAGAAUUUCUGGACCGAGUGCUUUAAACUGGUUUUGAAGAUCCUCGGAGGAGUGGACUAUAAGGGGGUCAGGUCCGUGAUGAAGUCGUGCAAGGAAAAGUCGCAGAGCAUUCCUGCUGACUUGAAUGCAUCAAAUGCGCCCCAGCUGAAAGUUCUGAUGGACGUGCUCGAGCUGAUAUUCGACAGAAAUGCAUGCCUCCUGCCAGGCUACUUUAUUGUUACUGAAAUCCAGAAGGCAAAUCCCAACAACGACAACUGGUCCCAUUGGAAACUGGCCAAACUGCUCUCGGGCUUUGUGGAAAGUUUCCUUCCCUUGGUUCAAAUGAUCACCAUCAUUGGCAGAACCAAGAUGCUGCCCAUUGUUGAACACUCUGGGGGCGGCCAGGACAACCUAAACAACUCGUGGCUUUUAGACACGGCGACAUUAAAGUUGAAACUCAAGGGAAAUCUGCCGUACGAUAAAGAAUUGCUGGAGCCGCAGACAAAAUUACUGAGAUACGUUCUCGAGCAACCCUACUCGAGAGACAUGGUUUGUCUAAUGCUCGGCCUGACCAAACAGCUGAAGCAGCGAUGCCUAGCUCUUGAAGAGCAAUUGGUCGAAUUAAUGGUGGCUGCUAUGGAAAAGUCUGAGGAGGACAUCCCAGUAGAGGAAGCAAAUACCGAGGAAAACACCUUGUCAUCAGCUCGCCCCCUGCUGUGGCAACACUUGUCCUCUCAGUUGAUAUACUUUGUUCUCUUCCAAUUUGCGAGCUUCCCUGACAUCGUGAGCGCACUCCACAAAAAGCUGGCUGAGAAGGACCUGAAAAAGGGGAGGGACCACCUAAUGUGGGUUCUUUUGCAGUACAUCAGUGGCAGCAUUCAAAGAAACACGCUCAACACCUUGCUGCCGGUGCUGAGCCUCUGCGACUUUUUAUAUCCAGAAAAAGAACCGCUGCCUGUUCCUGAUUACAACGACCCUAUCAGUUCACGCCAGUUAGCAGCCAUUAGUAUAUGGAUUCAUCUCCUCAAGAAGGCUCAGACUGAGGGCAAAGACAUUCAAAGACCAAUGCCCAACGCCUUCAAAAGUCACCAUGAGUUCCUGCAGCACUUGGUCUUGUCAACCAGCACCCAGCUGUCCAUGGGCUCCGACUACAGGAUCGCCAUCCUGUGCAACGCGUACUCAACUAAUCAGGAGUACUUCACGAGGCCGAUGGCCGCGUUGGUGGAGACGAUCUUCGGCUCGCAGAAACAGGGCCAAGCACCGAUGAACACAAACAAUGGCAUGAGCAACGGCCCAACCACUCCGCUCUCGAUGGAAGCGCUUGACUCACUUACCGUACAUUCCAAAAUGAGUUUGAUCCACAGUAUAGGCAGCCAUGUCGUCAAACUCGCCCAGUCCAAGUCGCACAUGCCCCUGGCACCAGCGCUGGUCGAGACGUACAGCCGCCUCUUGGUCUACACUGAAAUCGAAACACUUGGCAUCAAAGCAUUUAUAAGCCAACUGUUGCCGAAUGUCUUCAAAUCACAUGCUUGGGGAAUUCUGUACACUCUUCUGGAAAUGUUCAGCUACCGAAUGCACCACAUCCAGCCGCAUUACCGUGUUCAGCUGCUGAGCCACCUUCACAGUUUGGCGUCCGUGCCACAAACUAACCAAGUUCAGCUCCAUCUUUGCGUGGAGAGCACCGCCUUGAGGUUAAUUACCGGCCUCGGCAGCAAUGAAGUACAGCCUCAGCUCUUGAGGUUUGCCGGAGAACCCCAGGUUCUGGUCUCAGUCGAGUCUGAAGAGCUCAAUCGAGCGUUUGUUUUAACGCUAGCCAGAGCAAUCCAUGUCACUAGAUCAGGAUAUGAAUCGUUGUCUGGGACGUGGUGCAAGACUGUUUUGAAGGCAAUCAUGUCUAACACGCCUCACUCGUGGGCAAAUCACACUCUGCAGUGCUUUCCGCCUGCAUUGAACGAGUUUUUCACUACCAACACUGUGCCAAAGGAAAACAAACAGCAGCUUAAGGUGUGCAGAUCCUUUACUUUGAAAGCCGUGGAGGAAGAGUACAGAAACUGGGCAUCAAUGACAAACGAAAACGACAUCAUUGCCCAUUUUACUGUCCAAGGAACGCCUCCUCUAUUCCUCUGCCUUCUGUGGAAGAUGAUUUUGGAAACUGACAGGAUCAGCCCAAUUGCUUACAAAAUUCUCGAGAGGAUCGGUGCAAGACCUCUUUCAGCACAUCUGCGCAAAUUCUGCGACUAUCUAGUCUACGAAUUUGCCAACUCUGGUGGUGGACAGCAUGUUAAUAAAUGCGUCGACGCAAUCAACGACAUGAUGUGGAAGUACAACAUCAUCACGAUUGACAGACUUGUUUUGUGUUUGGCUUUGCGAACACAAGAAGGAAGUGAAGCACAAGUUUGCUUCUUCAUCAUCCAGCUUCUGCUUCUGAAGGCGGCGGAGUUCAGGAACAGAGUGCAAGAGUUUGUCAAGGAGAACUCUCCAGAGCACUGGAAACAGUCCAACUGGCAUGAGAAGCAUCUGUCCUACCACAGGAAGUUCCCGGAGAGAUUUGCUCCAGAUGGAGGUCUUGACCAGACAGGCGGAAACUCUUCGUCGGUCUACAACACGUUGCCAGUCUACUUUGGAAACGUCUGUCUGCGCUUUUUGCCUGUGUUUGACAUUGUGAUUCACCGCUUCUUGGAAAUUCCACCCAUCAUCAAGUCGCUGGAGACGCUGCUGGAACACCUAGGCUGCUUGUACAAAUUCCAUGACCGCCCCAUCUCUUACCUAUACUACACGCUUCACUACUUUGAACACAAAUUGAGGGACAAGGCAAGUUUGCGUCGCAAAUUGGUGGCUGCCGUCAUUGGCUCCUUGAGGGAUAUCAGGCCGAAUGGAUGGAGCUUGUCGGAACCGUACCAAAACUACCUGCGCCAGAGCGACGAAAAGCAGUGGAACCCAGAGCUUGACUACUACAUUCACCUCAUUCAACGUGUCGUCGACACACUGAAUGGCAAACCACCAUUCCCAGCCACUGACUGGCGCUUCAAUGAGUUCCCGAACGCCGGCGCGCACAUCCUCUAUGUUACCUGCGUGGAGCUGAUGGCCGUGCCAGCCCCUCCAAAUGUGGUUGCCGGCUUCCUGCUUGAUGUCAUCUUCAAAGGCUAUCCGGUGAUCCCUUCAGAUGACAUGGAGCAGUGGAUCAACGCGCUGGGCCAGGUGCUGGCUGCGCUGCCUGACGCUUACUGGAACGAGCACCACAUCAGAUUGGGCCAGAUACUCGAGUCAAUGAAAGUGUGGAACUACCGCUGCACGCCCUUCCAGCUCUUCAAUUUCAAGGAAACGCAUGAAGCUCUGCUGGAGAACAAGUUCGCCUACUCGCUGGCCGUGGCCCAUUCUCUUUGGCAACACUCUGGAGCUGGGCAAAUGAGCUUCUUCCCAAGGUUCAUCAAAGAACACAUUCAGCCACACGUGCAGACAGAGGAGCAGCUUGUGUUCGCAUGCCACCUGAUCGGGCCUUUCCUGCAGCGCUGCAAGCCUGAGCAGCAGCUUUUCGAAGUCACCGUCAGCCUGAACGAGAUGCUGGAGCAGGUUGACAAACCUGGCGGACAGCUCAAUUACCUGGAUCCAGUCUGCGACUUAUUCUACCACAUCAAGUACAUGUAUCUAGGGGACAUGAUGAAAUCAGAGGUGGAAGGGAUCUUCAGAAAACUGAGUCCAGCUCUGCAGAUGCGGCUGCGCUUCAUAGCGCACUUGAACCCUGACGAGGCCACCAACGCUACUGCCUCAGCCGCGAGUGUUCCUGCCGCUGCCCCAACCCCAGCCGCGAAUACCGCGGCCGCAAGCGCGACACCAAGCAAUCCAGGUGCUCCAUAAAAAGGGUCUCCCGUGGCAGAGCCUGUCACGAUCAGCCCAUCUGAGAGGAAAAACUCCGCAGCCUUGGCCGUUUCUUCAAUGCUCACGUCUCCCGUAAUCGCGUGUGAACUGUGAAUUUUAUCAUUUAGGCGAUUAAGUACUAAAAUAGCGAAAUAUUUAUAGCAAUUUGUAAUUACCGAUCUUUGGUAUCACUUCCUCGCAUUUUAUUCAAAUUAAUUAAAAGUCCGAAAAAGCAGGGCUUGAAUCAAAAGGUGGAAAAUUGACUAAAAGACUGCCUACAUAGUUCAUUUUUCUUUUUUAAUAUCUGCCUUUUUAAGCAUAAGUAUCUUAUAGAAUUUAAAAUAGAUAAUUACAAAAACGUGCAAAUUAUCUUGUGUAUGUUUUUUAUCAAAUAAAGGUCAAAUUAAAACGA